AUGCAAUAGAUUUCCCCUGAGGUUGAGCAACAUCUUUCUGAAUUAUUGAAGCCUGUUCUUGAAAGAGUGGAAGAAUUAAAAAUUAGAGAUCAAUAAAAUGAAGACUAAAUCAAUUCACUUGUUGAGGAAUUGACUUAAUUAAGACACUUAGUUAACUCUCUUAAGCCUUUGAAAUCGGAGGAAGAGAAAAAAUAAAUAAAGCAAGAAUAAAAGAAAGAUAAUAAUGGAAAUCAUGAAAACAAAAAACCUGAUCGUCCUUAAACUGGUGUUGUCUAAAAGAAUGAUUAAAAUAAGGUCAAGGAGCCUCGACCUUAAACAGGUCAAAAACCUUUGAGUUAAAGUGUAAUUGUAGAUAAGACAGCUACAACUGAGGCUGAUAAAGUAACAUUGAAAUCUCCACGAGAUUCCACAUAAAAGCAACCAAAACCAUAAGGAUAGCCAUAAUAGCAACCUCCAUAACCUAAACCAAAACCUUAAAAUUAGCCUGAUUAGAAAGAUAAAAAAGAUCAAAAGGAUACAAAACCUCAUGGUUAAGAACAACCUCAAAAAUAGGCAUAGCCUCCAAAAGAUGAAAAAAAAGUAGAUAAGCCAAAAUAAAAUAAAUAAAAUCCUCCUGUCUAACCAGAGAAAACAGAAAAGCCAAAGGAAGCUCCAAAAAAGUCAGAUAAGCCAUAAGACUAAAAAGGUAAUGGUUCAUCAAAAAAUCAACCCAAAACAAAUGAUAAAAAGGCAGAACCAAAAUAAGAUGAUAAGAAAAUAGUAAAAAAAGGAAAAUAACCAGCUGCUCAAACAGGAGAUUAAUAAUAAACAGAUGAACAAUUUUAAUAAUAAUAAUAGGCUUCUUAAGUCAAUUAAGAACCAAAUUCAGCUGAAAAAUUAUCAAAAGAAAACCAUUCAGAAUAGAAUGAGUAAUAAUAAGAAAACCAUUAGGAAUAAAAUGAAUAAUAAUAAGAAAACCAUUAAGAGAACCAUUAAGAAAAUCAUUAAGAAAAUGCGAAUAAUGGAUAAGAUGUUGAAUAGCAUGCACAAGAACAACCCUAGGGGGAAUAAAAUUAAUUUUAGAGCCAAGAACACUAAGAAGAAUAAAUUUAAUAAGAAAAUUAGGAGAAUAAUUAACCAAAAGAAGAACCAUAAGGUUAAGAACAAGAAUACAACAAUAUAAUGUCUAAGUAUUUUAAUUAAUUUCUAUUUAAUCAACUUUAAUGUCGAGCCUAAACUAAAUUACUCGCUUUUCAGAACAAGAAUCUUUAAUGGAUAUAAAAUCAGAAGUAAAAGUAACAAGUAAAUUAGUUCAUGAGAAGAAUCAACAAAAACAAUAUGAAAAUGGAAUUAUCUGAAAGAAAGCAUGAUGAUGGCUCUUUAGAAAAAUCAAUCAAAAUAACUCCUAUGACUACAGGAGACUUCAUAGGAAUAUGGGCUAUUGCAAUCUUAAAGAGUUUAUUUCUAAUAUGUUUUCUUUUGAUGGCCUAUGAAAUAUAUUAGGAUAUUCAAGCUCAUAUUGAUAUUUAAAAAACUAAGGUUUUAAUAGAAAUGAAAAAUUGUGCUGCAGAAUUUGAUUAAAAUUAAUGUUCAGAAAAUUACUUAAUUGAAUCUAUGUCUGAAAAAUGCAAGGAAUUAGAAAUCUGCAAAAAUUACAAUAUAGAAAUGAAAGUUAGAACACAAUAACUUUGGUUAUAAGUCAUAGGAAAUUCAUUUGAAAAUAUGUUCAAAGCGCUUUCUCUAAAAACUUGUAUCAUGAUCUCUUUUAUAAGCAUCAUAACUAGUAUUAUAUUUAUUAAAAAUUGA